AUGUCUGGCUACAACCCGGACGAAAAGCUCCGCUUCGAUCAGCUCACCAAGCUCCGAAGGCAGUGGCUGAAGGACCAGGAACUCAGUCCGAGGGAACCCGUUGUUCAGGCCAAACCACCCGGCGCCGUCGCUAAAUUCUGGGCUGGUUUUCUGGAGCCCAAGAGCCUAUGGAGGCUUUAUACAUACAAAGCCUACAAAGGGGGUGUUUUCACAUUAACACGCCUCUUGAUACCUGCCUGGAUUGUCCACUACUACGUCAAAUACCAUGUUGCUAAAAGGCCAUACGGCAUUGUGGAGUUGAAACCCAAGCUUUUCCCAGGUGAUGUUAUUCUGGAGACAGGCGAAGUUGUUCCAGACCUCCCUGAGAGCCACAGCCAUCAUUGA